CGAACUAACAAACUCAUUUCUUGAUUUCCCGCCCUUAUAACUCUCAGCCUUUCCAGAGUUUUUUAAGUCCUCUGCUUCAAACCCACACUAAACAAACAGAUUCUCUUUCUAAUUCUCACAUCGCUGAAACACAGAAGAAAGAAACAAUCCAAGAAACACAUCGUCCCUUGAAACCAAGCUAAGCUAGUCUCCAAUGGCGGCCUCGUCUCUCUUGAUCCUUCUCAUCACUCUCCUUUCGCUCUCUGCUUCUCCGGCUCUUGCUACCUCCGUAACCCUCUUGAAAGCAGCCAAGGUCCUCUCCAACUCUGGCUUCCUUUCCAUGGCUCUAAAGCUUCAACUCGUCUCCCAUUCCCUCGAAUUCGAAUCUCCCACCGCCACCAUUUUCGCUCCUCCAGACCUCGCCUUCAUUCGCUUGGGGCAACCCUCUCUCCCUCUUCUUCUCUACCACGUCUCCCCAAGAAGACUCUCCCUCAACACCCUCAAGUAUCUUCGUCCCAACACCAAAAUCCCAACUCUGCUCCCCAAUUACACCUUGACCCUCACUGGGUCUCCAAAUUUCCAAGGCUAUUUGUCCAUCAACAACCUCACGAUUGAUCCAAACGCUGUUUUGGAUGAUGGGUCGGUCGUCAUUUACGGAAUUGAUGAGUUCUUCAAUUCGUCGUUCUUGGUCGAUGCCUCUUCAACACCGGCUCCUCCAUUGAUGAGCUCUGUUUCAGGUGCUCAAUCACCAAGCCCUGGUCCCAGUGCUAAUGAAGUUACGGAGUUCGAAUCGCGCCGGCCUGGUCCUGAAUCUUUCCGUUUCGUUGCGGAUUUGCUGAGGUCUAAAGGGUAUUCAAUCAUGGCCGCAUUUCUUGAUGCGCAGCUGGUGUCGUUCAAAAGGAAGACCAGGCUGACAAUCUUCGCUCCGGUCGAUGAGGCCAUUGAAGAUUACCAGAGGAACACCACCGAUUACUCGUUGAUCUUCCGUCAGCAUGUCGUUCCAAGAAUGCUUUUGUGGCAAGAUUUGGUGGGGCUUGAUGAUGGGACCAUGCUGCCAACUUUUGAAGAAGGGUUCAUGAUCAAUGUGAUCAAGUUUGGUGAAGUUCCGGCGCUUAAUGAAGUUGCUGUGGUGUCUGAAGAUAUGUAUCAGAAUCGGUGGCUUGUUGUGCAUGGCCUCAAUCGGUUACUGACAUCGCAGGAGCCUAAGCAACAAGACCCAGUUGAUGACAUUUACACUAAUGCAUAUGUUGCUCAGAGCGUGCCUCAUCAUGAUUAUGGUGACUUUCACUGAGGCAUCAAUCUUUGCCGUCCCUUUUCUUGAUCACAACAAGUUGUCUCUGUUUUCACAUCAAGAUUUUGGGCAGAUAGUUUUCACCUCAGAGGCCAUGAAGAAACCCUGGUUAAUUACCUUCUCUGAUCGAUGUAUGUUUUCAUUUCAUAACCCACUUGUGAUAGAUGUAAUUGUUAGA